GGUAAUGGGAUAAAAUUGUAAAAUUUAGUUUUCCUCCGAAUAGAUUAACUUAUAGUAUUCAUGUGAUUAUUUUUUCAUGUUGCUAACGAAUGUCUCUUUUUUCCAAGCAGAACUAUAAUAUGGAUUUAGAGCUCAAGGACUAUUAUAACAAGACACUUACCACAGAAAAUAAUACUGCUGCCACUCACAAUUCUGAUUUCCCUGUCUGGGAUGACUAUAAAAGCAGUGUAGAUGACUUACAGUAUUUUCUUAUUGGGCUCUAUACAUUUGUAAGUCUUCUCGGUUUUAUGGGGAAUCUACUUAUUUUAAUGGCUCUCAUGAAAAAGCGUAACCAGAAGACUACAGUAAACUUCCUCAUAGGAAAUUUGGCCUUUUCUGAUAUCUUGGUUGUGUUAUUUUGCUCGCCUUUCACACUGUCUUCUGUCUUGCUAGAUCGGUGGAUGUUUGGCAAAAUCAUGUGCCAUAUUAUGCCUUUCCUUCAGUGUGUGUCAGUUCUGGCUUCAACUUUAAUUUUAAUAUCAAUUGCCAUUGUCAGGUAUCAUAUGAUAAAACGUCCUAUAUCUAAUAAUUUAACAGCAAACCAUGGCUACUUCUUGGUAGCUACUGUCUGGACACUGGGUUUUGUGAUUUGUUCUCCCCUUGCAGUGUUUCACAGUCUUGUGGAACUUCAGGAAACAUUUGGUGCAGCAUUGCUGAGCAGCAGGUAUUUAUGUGUUGAGUCGUGGCCAUCUGAUUCAUAUAGAAUUGCUUUUACUAUCUCUUUAUUGCUAGUCCAGUAUAUUCUCCCCUUGGUUUGUCUAACUGUAAGUCAUACCAGUGUCUGCAGGAGUAUAAGCUGUGGAUUGUCCAACGAAGAAAACAGACUAGAAGAACAUGAGAUGAUCAACUUGACUCUUCAUCCAUUCAAAAAGACCGAGUCUCAAGUGAAACUCUCUAGCAGCCGUAAAUGGAGUUACUCAUUCAUCAGAAAACAAAGAAGGAGAUAUAGUAAGAAGACGGCAUGCGUGUUACCUGCUCCAACAAGAUCUUCUCAGGAGAACUAUUUGAGGACACUUCCAGGAGACUUUGGCCCUGUGAGAAGUCAGUUCUCUUCCUCCAGUAAGUUCAUACCAGGGGUCCCUACCUGGUUUGAGAUGAAGCCUGAAGAAAACUCAGAUGUUCCUGAAAUGAGAGUAAAACGUUCUGUCACAAGAAUAAAAAAGAGAUCUCGAAGUGUUUUCUACAGAUUGACCAUAUUGAUAUUAGUGUUCGCUGUCAGUUGGAUGCCACUACACCUUUUCCAUGUGGUCACUGAUUUUAAUGACAACCUUAUUUCAAACAGGCAUUUCAAGUUGGUGUAUUGCAUUUGUCAUUUGUUAGGCAUGAUGUCCUGUUGUCUUAAUCCAAUUCUAUAUGGAUUUCUUAAUAAUGAGAUUAAAACUGACUUAAUGGCUCUUAUACACUGUCUUCAUAUGUCAUAAUUCUCACUGUUUACCAAGGAAGGAACAAACAUUGGGAUAAUCUAAAAUGUAUUCCUGAUAACUAUGUAUGUAUAGUAAGCAAAUUUUGUUAACAUAUGGAGUUUAAUUUAUGUGAAAGAGUUCUGGAUUUGUAUGUCGGUUUAUAAUAUAUGGAAGAUAAUUUUAAUGUGUUAUAAUAUGAUUAACUUUUGUCCAAAGUCGGUGUCAAUUUGGUCUGUAAUUUUAUUUUAAAAAGUGAUUGUGUUGCCUUCCAUUUCAUGUUGUCUUAUAAAUAAAUGAGUUGUAUUUUUUGUUUAAAAUAAAAGUCAUAUUUAACCAA